AUGAACGCACUUGAUCAGGAGUACAUUAAAAGGAAACUCCACAUCCCAGCCGAUUCUUCAGGCUCUGCUCCCCACGAUGACAACGUCGGAAAAUGGAAUUCCGUACCAACCUUCGCUCAUCAAUCCGGACUACUAUCAUCCUCACCGGCAAUUCCUCACGAUCCAACGCUUCUGAACUUUGUUGACGCUUCUAUUCUCUCUAAGCUGGACUUGCCAACAUUCGAUGGAAAUCUUCUCGACUACCCAGAGUUCUGGGCACGUUUCACUACGCUGGUGGACAACAAGCCGCAGCUGGACGAUACCACGAAAUUUUCUCUACUGAAAUCCUGCCUGCGAGGUCGUGCACUUCAAGCCAUCCAAGGACUAUCUCUGACAGCUGCAAACUAUAGAAUCGCCGUUGACAUCCUCAAAACCCACUAUGACGACAAAGUCACUAUGAAACAUAUGCUCUUCACCAAGCUGGCUCAGCUUCCAGCAUGUGAUCCCGAAGGUCGUCAGCUACCUACUCUCUACAAUCGUAUGUUCUCCCUCGUUCGUCAGUUUUGUAACGGCGGUGAUGACUCCAAGGAAACUGCUCUUGGUGCUCUGCUUCUCAACAAACUCCCCGUUCGUGUUCGAGGUCAGAUCUACGAUAGAACUUCGAAUAGUCACAACGUGACUCCCAGCGAACUACCUCACCUCCUCACCGACAUCGUGAGAAAGGAUUCUACUCUCUUCGAAAUUGAAUUCCAUACUCGUAGAAGUAACGAAGCAAAGAAUGUCGACUACGGUUUCCACUCCACUACCGGUUCGGUGCGUUCUCCUUCAAACGGCACCAUAACUCGAUCGACUGAGAAACAGCACAUUCUGAAGACAACGGGAAGAAGCUGUUCUUAUUGCAAAUCCGCUUUUUCAAGGCGCAAUGGACUGCAAUGUUUUUACCACGAUGAAACAACGAUGGGCUCAAACAAAAGUUCUCCGUCUAUGCCACAAUUGUCUUUCCUCAGCUCAUAUCACAAGAAAAUGUCCUUCAAAAUAUUCAUGCCGGCUGUUCACAAAGACAUCACUCGUCAUUAUGUCGACAAUUCGACCAUCAACCACCGCUUCGAAACUUACCAUCACGUCUUUCUUCAACAACAAACAAUAGCCAAGCAAAAGACGACCAACAACAGCACUUCCGUCCGUCAAAGCUUAACUCUCACACAAUCAACGUCGCAGAACCAACUCCAGAACGACUUACUCAUCCAGUCAAUUACUUGCAACAGCCUCUCCUACUUCGCAAGCUGCUCUGAUGUGCGCACAAGUGAGUCUUUUCAAUCCAUCCGACCCUUCGAAAAGAAUCGCAGUUACAGCUUUCCUUCAAGGUCAAGUAAGUCGUAUAUCACAGAUGAAGUAACAGAUCGCCUCAAUCUUGAUACCAUCACAAUGGAGGAUAUCGUGGUAUCCACAUUCGGGUCAACGAGCUCACUCAAGCUAAAAUGCGGAAAUCAUAACGUUGGAAUGGUCACAACAAAGGGAGCCAAACGUCUGCAAGUGAAAUCAGUGCCGACAAUUACAGGAAAUCUUCUUCAAAUUCAGAUUAAUCAAAAGGUUUCUCGUGGGAAUUUCACAUUUUCCCAAUGCAAACCUUCCAUUCUCAUCGGAAACGAUUACUUUUGGGACGUAGUCCUCUCCGACGACUUCUUCUAUCGUAGACUCCCCAAUGGUUAUCGACUGCUGCACACAACCAUUGGUGACGUCAUCAUAAACGAAGCACUCGAUUUCAACCAUGUGAACGCUUACACGUCUGUUAUAUCGAACGAAACUGACUUGGACAACCCACGCAACCAUGACGAACUUUGAGAACUUGUCAGCAACUUCUGGAAGCUCGAAACAAUCGGAAUAACAGACGAUCCAACUAAAAGUGACGAUGACGAAUGUCUCAAUUGCUUCAACGACUUUAUAACCUAUGAUCAACGUCAGAACUGAUACUAUGUCAAACUACCAUUCAAGAGCGAUCCAACACAACUGCCAAAUAAUUUCUCACUCGCGUUUUCGAGACUUCGCUCCUAGGUAAAAUCCCUUCAAGAAAGACCAGAUUACCUGGAAAAAUAUCAUGCGGUGAUCAAAAAUCAAGCAAAACUAGGUAUAAUCGAAGAAGUCCCCUCGGACUAUCUGUCGAAGCUUUCACAUUACCUGUCCCAUUAUGGAGUGGUGAAAAAAGACGGAAACGACAUAAAAAUCCGUUGCGUCUAUGAUGGCUCUGCAAAGGUAACAAGACAGUCCAGCCUGAACGAUAUACUCUGUCGUGGCCCAGUACUUCCUCCAGACCUCACAGGUAUCUUACUUCGAAGCAGGUUUCAAAAAAUAUUGAUUCCUAGUGAUAUCGAGAAAGCCUUCUUAAUGGUAGGACUCAAUGAAGAGUCUAGAGAUUUCACACGAUUUUUGUGGCUGAAAGACCCAUCGAGACUUCCUGAACGUGUUAACAUCAUCACGUACAGGUUUACUCGUGUACCCUUUUGGGCUUGUCAGUUCCCCGUUCCUCCUGGCAGGUACAAUCCAUUACCAUCUGUCAUCUACUGCAAGUCCACUUUCUCAUGGAAUACUUCGCAACACGUAUGUCGACAACGUAUUUCAAGGCGUGAGUACCAUUGA